AUGAAAGACAGGCUGUCCGAUUUGCAGCAGAGCGCCGAGAAGGAAAUAUCGUUGUCAGCUUUGGUGGAACGGUUGGACGAGGAGUGGACAGACACAUCCGAGAAAACUAAUUUGUUAAACAAAGCUAGUAGUAGCAAGGUCGACACGUUUCUAACGCAUGUGGAUGGGUUGGUAAAUGAUAUGAAUGGAAUGGAAACAUUAUUGGAUGAAAUAAAAGAUUGGCACUGGAAAAUUAUUGUGGAACCAGGAGAUCAUCCUGAAAUCAAUGUGCAGUUAGAUAACGCAGUGGUUUCUUACACGACAAUGCUUUAUAAAACCCAGUCUGCUCUUAAAAGUUUAAAUACCGAGGUUGAGCGGCAAUUCGACAAAUCAACAGAUGAAAAUGCUCAAACCGUCGAGGCGCGGAUCAGAAGAAAUCAGGUGGUAAUGACGUUAACAAAAAGACUCCAAGGUCUAUUGAUCGCUUUCAAUGAUGAACAGUUAACAUAUAAGGAUAAAUGCAAGCGGAAAGUUCAAUCGUAUUUGAAAAUUUCUGACAACGCAGUGAACGAAGAAGAUCUUGAAGCGAUCAUCGAAAAAGGCACUUUAUUUGAACAUACAAAAGUGCUGAUGCUGGCGGAACGGGAUAAGAAAGCUCUAUAUGAUGAAGUAAAGACACGUCACGAGGAUAUUGCGAAAUUAGAAAGCAGUAUUAAGGAGUUGCACGGCCUAUUCGUCGAAUUAGCAACGCUCAUUCAGAGCCAGAGUGAAAUGCUAAAUAACAUAGAGCGAAAUGUUGAAAGUGCAGUAGAAUAUGCGCAGAAAGCUCACACGAACAUGAUCAAAGCUAAAAAUAUGAGAGCAAAUGUUCGGAAGGUUCGUAUUAUAAUUACUAUAAUUUUUUAG